AGUAGCCAUGGGCUAGCUUACAGGCUGCUAAUAGCCAAUGAAGCUGUCGUUCGUGAUAGCUGAGCUGAGGUUAUCAGGAACCUCUUUAAGGUUUUUUUCUUAAUAGAAAAGUAGAAUGGCUUCUUCAAACUUUUCAAUGACUUUUAAACUCUGACUCGACUUUUAAAGCGACCAUCCCCAGCGUUUUCUUCUCAGCUCUCCUGGGUGCAGUAUUUCAGGAUGUGGCCUUGUAUUGCUGUCGUCCUGCUGUGGAUCCGGUCAGCAGGAGGCACAGAAAAGGCCAAUACGUCGAACCAUAUUGAAUACACAGCUGCCGAUUUCUACGAAAGGCUGCUGUCCGGGAAGAUGAUGUUCCUCUAUUUUGAGCAACGAGUGUCUCCCACCGUCUCUCUGUUCUUGUUGGAGCUAGAGAAGUCAGCCGAAGCUCUGCGGGAUUAUGGAAUACAAGUCGGCAAGGUGAGCUGUAAGAAAGAGCCAGUUCAAAACUACUGCACAGGGGCAAAGCAACAGGAAAUGGCAUUUCUUUUCCGAGGCGGCAAAGAGUUCUCUAGUUUCGGUUUGGACACCGUCUUUGAUGUUAACUCCAUAGUGGCUGAGGUCCUGUUCGCCAUUCUAGGUGAUGAGGUGAGGUACGUCCACACAGAUGCUGACCUGCUGGCCAUGGAGAAGGCAGCCAAAGGGAAGAAGGACAUGGUUCUCAGUUAUGUGCGUAGUCUGGGAACACAGGAACACAGAUCACUAAUGGAGACAGCGUAUGUUUACGGAUCAAAAUAUCAGUUCAUUCUCAUAACUGGAGGUCCAGUAUUAAAGCAACUAGGAGUGAACGAAUCAUCCCAGCUGUCCCAAGUGUGGUUCCUCCACUGUAGAGCCGAUGACACCUCCAUGACCCUGGUGACCUCUGAGCGCUGCCCGUCGACACGUAUGAGGAAGGCCCUGUCCACUCUUAACCUGCACGCCUUCUUGCAGCAUUUGGAGGCCCCGCUUGUGUCUGAGGUGUACGUCGACCCUUCCUUGGUCCCGCCCCCACAGCUCCCCUACCAGCUGACGCCUCAGGUUUUCCUCUUUUCCCGCCCGGCGACUGCUCAACUUGACCGCGACAUGGCCGCCGCUCUAGCCUGGAGGCUGCGAGGCGUCGCUCUGCUGCUGCUGGUGCACAGGCAGAGCCCAGCAGUGAAGACCCCUGAUAAGUACAACGCUGCCUAUCGGCUGCCUGAGAAGAGUUCAGAGGUGAAAUAUUUGACCUUGCACAGCUUCGAUGAAGUAUUGACGCUCUUCACAAAGCAGGAGGAAGCAGAGCAGGGGGAGGAAGAGGAUGAUCAUGUAGAUGAAGAUGAAGAAUCCCAUUUAGGUGAACUGGAUGAUGAAGUCGCUGCAGAGGUCUAUAAAAACCGAGCACACCUCCACGACAUGGAUUCAGUCACUCAGCUAACUUCACACAACUUCCACAAUGAAAUUGCAGAAAGUAGCCUCACAGUGGCGCUGUUCUAUCUCAAAUGGGAUGCUGUUUCAAUGGAUUUUCUCAGCUCUUUCAUUGAAGUUGCAGAGAGACUUGAAGAUUCCCAUGUUGAGGACGUUCAUAUGUGUGUGGUGGACUGCGGCGAGUGGACUGACCUCUGCGCUGCUCAGCCUGGCAUGGCCGUCCCGUUCCAACCAAUCACAGCGUUCCCUAGCAUUCUGCUAAUGCGCCCUCACCAGUCGGCCCAGCACUACAGAGGAAUGCUGACAGGGGAGGCUUUGCAUCGCUUCAUCAUGAUGAGCCGUGAGGCGUCUCCUGUGCUACUGUCCACCAAGGAGGAAGUGACUUCCUUCCUUCAGGAGUCUCCUCACCCUGAUCUAGCUGGUUACAGGCCGGACAGAGCCCUGGGACUGUUUAGGACUGACAGCCAAUCAGGUCUGUCUGUGUUCAUUGAAGCAGCUAAGUCAUUAAGAGGAGAGGUUCUGACAGGACUCCUAACUGACGUAGUGAUGGAAGAAUGGGCUGCAGAGCAUGCUGUGGACCCUCCUGCAGUUUUGUUGUUUCCCUCCUGGAGGGAACCUGCCAACCCUUCAGUGUUGCCAGUGGAGUCAUCUUCUAAAGAGCUGCUGGCCCACAUCUACUCUGCUCUGCUCCAACCUGUGCCUGAGGUGACUGUGGAAAGCCUGCCGUCCCUGAUCUCCCUGGGUAAAGCUCUCCUUCUUCUCUUUGUGGGUGAAGAAGAUGAUGAGAUUGGGCGGAGGCACAACCAGGCACUGGUGGAGGAGCUGGCAACAGUGGUGGAGCAGGGAGGCGCCAAGAUGGAGCGAUACCUGCCCUGCUGGAUCCACCUUGGCCACACUCCAGCUGGUAUGUCUGUUCUGGGGUCGUACCUGGGCUCUAUGCCUCCACUUCCUGCCUUGGUGCUCACACAUUUACCCAGUGGGGAUGAAGUGUACCAGUAUCCACCCAGUGCCCCUAUACUGGGCUCCUCCGUGCUGCAGUGGCUGCAGAGAGUUGAGGAUGGGAUGGAAUCACCUGCAGGGAUGCUGGGUGGUGACGGCUGGCCUCCUGCUUUUCAGUUCUACGACUUCCUGAAACUCAUGGACAUGCCGGAAACCGAGGAGGAAGUGGAGACGGAGGAAGUGGAUGUCGAGGAACAUUUGGUGACUAAAAGAAUUCCAGACGACCAACUGGAUAUGAAAACUAAACUUCACUCUGAACUUUGACCUUUAAACGACACUACUGACUAUUUACUGAAAGCAUUAUCAAUAAGCGGUUAUUAAGUUGUAUACCAACCUUUCCUGCACUUGAGUGCAUAUUCUACAGGUGUUACCUUGAAGGUUUCUAAAGCGGCUGUUUCGUUUCCUGGAGUCUGUGGUUUUGCAUUCACCGUGAUGACAGCAGCUUUAUCAGAAGGGGCUUACUUGAACGCUAAAUGUCUCCUUUGAUAUACAUCCUCUAUGGUUAACCUCAGCUGCUAGUGGAAACUGUCAAACAGCUUAGUAUUUUACAUAUAUAUAUUUUUGUAAUAAUAAACAGGUACUAUUUCUUCACAUUUA